GGCUUCUCGUAGCAACUUGGCGCGGCCCUCAUCACUUUCCAUUCAAACCUGUUAUCGCCAGCCAUACUUCCGGGACUCUUACAUUUUUACUCAAGAUCCACGAGGAGGAGUAUCUGCUGGUGUACGCGACUGCUUGUGCCACGUGAGCGACAACACUCUUUACACCAACCACCUCCAUACAUCCUUUCUCUUUUUCGCCCUCUUCUUUUCAUAAACAUCUCCUGUACACGGAUCCCUCCAACACAGGAUUCCACGCGUUACAGUCCCAAAAUCAACAUCGAAACAUACUUCACAGCAGUAGAGCAAGUCCGUACCCGCUGGCCGGUUUUUCCCUUGCUCUGCAUUCCACCACGCCUCAACCAAAUUCAACCGAAACCUGUUGACGUUCUGUCAUCGACACACGUCAUUUUUUCCUCCACACACGUUGUCCCGAUAUCCCCCACUACACAUGCUCAUCUUGUCAAGGCUCUAGCUCCAUCUUUAUCGCGCACCAAUAGGCAGAAUACGGACACGGUGAUAUUACCGGCAACGAGAGCCAGGGGCUCAAUUUCAAUGCGUCACCGUCGACAGCGAUAUACACCGCCUUCAUUGGCGCUCGUCCCGAUACUUGUAAUACUUAUCCUUGCAGUGGUUGCAGAGGUUGGCGAGGCUUUGGAACAUGGAAGAGGAGGAACAGGGGUAGAGAGGAGGGUGCAUAACCAGACUAGGAGAAGGGCAAUGGAGGGGAAGAAGAGACAGUUUAAUCUUAUCAGCGAGCUUGAAUCUUUGGGCUCUAGUGUCCCGAGUAAUCUGUUCGACCUCUUAGCACCAACUACUUCCACAGAGUCGUCGACGAGUCAGCUUGUUUCAUCCGCGGAUAGCACAUCGUCUGUUCAAUCUUCGACACAGCCUGUGGCAACGUCUGUUCUCGAAUCCUCUACGAAUCUCAUCCAAUCUAUCGCAUCUUCAGUUCCUUCCUUCGAAACAUCGUCAAUUACUGGAGCGCUAGCCGCCUCUGCGAUCGAGUCUCAUUCAGCUACCUUGACAUCUUCUUCCCGCGAAUCUUCCUCUGCUUCGCAAUCCAAAGUUGACGUUGAAAGCACAUCUUCAAUCGUAUAUGCCGUCACGUCAGAUCAAGGAACGUCCACAUCAUACAGCUCAGAAGCGGCUUCCUCUUAUUCCCCAAUAGCAAGCUCCAGUUCGACUGCCGCUUCAUCUAUAUCAUCUCUUGAAUACAGUUCUGAGACUUUUACUCCCGCUCCUAGUGUCGCUUCUAUCCUUACAUCUUCGGCCAUUGAGCUAAGUACCAAAUCACCAACGCCAGUCCUUAUAAGCCAGCAAUCUUCAACUUCGCCUUCUCAAACAGUUCUUGCUACUCCUGAGGCUAUUGUCGAGUCCAUAACCAGUAAGUCUCAAUUCAGAUCAAGAUCUUUUCAAGUUUCAAAGUUUUUGCCCGUUUCAAGUUCAAUUUUAUCUUUUUCUCAAAUUUUCUUUCGCUUUUCAAUUCUAUUUGAUGGUUGGAGAUGGCCGUGCGUAUUUGCGCAUGCUGUGACCGUGAAUGGAACUAUGGCAGCGCAAUGGGACCCAGUCCCGACUGUAGUUUGGUCAACAAAAUCAAAAGGUAAAAGAUGGUACAGAGAAAUGAAAAGGCAAGAAUCCGGUCAAACAGGAGAGGGAGAUGUGAACAGCGGAGCGGUAACGGAAACGGACAUUCAGACAGAGGCGGAGGACCUUGGGAACACCGCCGCCAACACUGUCGGGCAAGUAGGGGUGACAGCGGAUCAGGACUGGGGCAUAACGAGUGCUGCAGCUGCAGAGGUGACAAGCGCACUUGUAGAGGUCACCAGUGUCUCUGUAGGGCAACAAAUUACUAGUAUUGCUCCAGAGUCGACCACUGCAGUGAUAAUAGUCACAAGCGCUCAGACGGAUAGUCAACCCAUCACCAUUGCCCAGACAGGUGUACAAGCGUCAUCGCUAGACGAAGACGUUUGGUCAUUUUCAUCGGACGCCGUCGUUACUCUAGCUGCACCAUCCGCCGUCACCGCGGACAGUUCGGCUUUCUCAGCCACCUCUGCUGCGGCACAGGAAGUCGGCAUUUCUAUUGUAGUAACCGCUGUCAGCUCUCAACCAGGUGAAACAAUACUUUCGGACUACGGCGUAGCGACCUCGACCACAAUUGAUGAUAUUGGCGUAAUGUCUCUUUCUCUUGAGGUCGUUAGUUCCUCAAGUUCUGAGCCACUAGUCAGUACACAAUCAGGAGGGGGAAUUUCUGUAGUGAUGGAGACGGCGUCGAUUACGACUUCGGCGGUGGAAACAGAAGGGUGGAUAUUGUCAGAAGCGGCAGGCUGGCCAUCGUCGGAGUCGCUUACAGUGGCAGGGGGGGUGACCUCAGACCUGACGGAGAAUUCUUUGCCAAGCGUUGCCACCUCAUCAGCCGCGAGCUAUACGUCUUUUCAAAGCUUGUCGGAGGACCUUUCUUCCGUAUCCCUCGGAGAAACGAGUGUUGUCCCUACGUCCGCCUCUGUAAACAUUUUCUCCAAUACCAUCUCAAACACGCUGUCCGACAUAAUUUCCUCCACCAGCGAUGCGAGGAACGAUACCGCGUUGCCUCUCAUGUCAUCGUCUAUGAGCGCCGCCAAUCCAGAAGGCACGUUCACUACGCCUCUGUCGACUACGAUACUGCCAACUGGCUCUUCUUCGGUUGAUGGCCCGAGCGAGAGCAGCGACUAUUCGUCUGCUAUGGGCUCGUCAAUCGACUUUAGUGUCUCUUCGACAUCCAAUACAUUAUUCUUGAGCCAGUCGAGAUUUUCAACCUACUCAGGGCUUCCCACUGCUUCCCCUAUCGUCUCAAUGGUUAUGGGGAGUGAUGGGGUGUCGGGAUCCAUGGUGGUUAUCUCACCCAGUAGUGGCUUAUCGCCAACAACUGUGUUGUCUUCCGCUGGCGAUCUACCAAGUUCAGCUACUUUACCACUUACUGUUUCAGCGAUGACAACGAAAGAUGGUGUAUCUUUGUCGGCGACAGUAACGGUUAUUGAAAGCUCAUCGGCAUCCUUUUUGGAGGCUUUCACUGUGAGCGACGGGUUGUCGGAGUCGUCAGGUUUGUCCGCGGAAAGUUACAGCUUGUUUCGGUCAUCUGCGACGGAUACUACGAGUAAUGAAGGAUUCAUCUCCUCAGGAAAUGGUUUUGCGACAAAGAGCAACGGAAUCACAGGUUCAAGCUGGGUUGAAGGGGCAAAUUUAACGACAACGUUUGGGGGAAUCCCAGCCUCGGUGUCUUUACCUAUGACAACAGAAACGGGAGACCUUUCUGCAAUGUCUGAAAUAAUCUCAACUUUUUCUUCUGCAUUCGAGGGGUCGACUACAGAUGCCACGGAAGGAGACAUUCUUUCAUCCUUGACGCAAUAUCGUCAAUUUGUUGCUUCUUCAACUUCUUCCCCAACUUCAGUUACUUCGUUUUUGCCUUCUUCACUUUCUAGUGUUUUUUUAUCAAGCUCAAACACAUCCGUGGUACAAAAAACUGACAUGCAAGAUUCUUUCCUAGGUUCCCAAUCCGAAGUUUCAACUGCAGCAACUCAGACAGCGGCUGUCUAUGUCAGUCAGAGUGGAAGUCCCAGCCUCAGUGGGAGUGACGUGCCUCUUACAACUUCUGAAGCUGUUGCUUCUAGCGAAGUUACUCCAUCCAAUUCUGCUCCAAGCGACGGCGCCACCACAUCCCUUGCUGCCUCCGCAUUCGGCACUGUCGAACCAUCUUCCGUCACUUCCAGUCUUGGUGAAGCUGUUCCCUCUCUUCUAGACAUCUCUACCAGCAUUUCAGAGGCGGCCAUUACUACUGCUGCAUCUUCUUCUGCUCCUUUCAAUCCCUUAUCGACUCCUAUCUUCGAAACCGCUUCAGAGGCGCCUGACGUUGUUCCUUCAUCUACCAGUGUUUCAGAGGUGCCUGACGUUAUUCCUUCAUCUACCAGUGUUUCAGAGGCGGCCAUUACUAGUGCUGCAUCCUCUUCUGCUCCUUUCGAUCCCUUAUCGACUUCUGUCUUCGAACCCGCCUCCGCCACUUCAGAGGCGUCUGACGUUGUUCCUUCAUCUUCUGAAGUCUUUCCGGUUUCCGAUGGCGCUUCAAGUUCCAACGUGUUUUCGACAUCGAGCCCUUUCGAACCUUCUGUAACGGAAUCUAGUUCGUAUGUCGAGCCAAGCGACACUUCUUUCAUGCCUGGGGCGCUUGUAGGUACCACCAGCUCACUUGAGCCUUCGUCUUCCAUUUCGGUUGUGGUAGACGACACCACCUCACAAAUCGUUAGCGAAUCUUUUGCUCGCAUGCCUAUCCCAACAGAAUCUUCUGGGUCUUCGCUACAAACAAUCACUCAAACCACUGUUCCUACUACUGUUAGUGCGGUCGCUUAUGCGGGCCCAAGCUCUUCAGUUAUCGAGUCUAGCAAUAUUUUGUCCGAUGAUCCUGAACCUUCUUUAUCCUCUUCGCAAUCUGCUGUUUACACUGGGAUAGUUUCUCAAACAGUGUCAAGUUCAUUUAGCGGCGAAAAAUCGAUGAAACCAAGCAGUUCGGCUCAGAUGUCGGUUUUAGACAGUGCCUCUGGGUCUGUUAAUCAAGCAGCAACUUCUGCUUCGGAUUACCCCCUCACUGCUGCGGCGCCUGUAUCAGCUUCUUCAAUUACAAUGUCAUCAUCAAAGGCCGAGUCUUCCGAAUCUGAGGCUAAUAUUUCUGGUAUGGUCAACGUCACUGCUAUUACGUCCGCACCUGCAGUUACUGGAUCACAAGUCAUGACAUUUGAUCCUGUUACGUCCUCAUCUUCGCCAUCUUCUUUCGACGAAUGGUCUGAAUCAUCAACCAAUGCUUAUACUGCAACUUCUAGCAUUAAUGAAGGCUACACUCCUACUCAGACUUGGCUUAUCGUCGCUUCUACUGCUUCAUCUUCCUACCAGGCCACUAGCGCGUAUACAUCUCAGGUCGCUUCUCAGUCGGGUUCUGGAUCCAGCAGCACUACCGCUUCGCCAUCGAUUGCAAGCAUACCGAGUAGUAUGCCCACGUUGAUUGUUCCUGGAAACUCGGUAGCCAAUAACGCAAACGCGGGGACGGGAGGUGACGACGAUCCAAUUAAGGGUGAUACAUUGAUUGCGAUCUUACUGGCGGAGGAGCAAUACCCCUGGUGGUUUGUUGUCGCGUCUUCUGAUGCAACCAGCCAGCUGUUCAACACUUUCCCUACCCUCAUUAGCAAUGCCUUGGAGGUUGACUCUUCCGAAAUAUCCACGUAUGGUCUUCAGGUGUACCAACCCGCGUCUUGGGACGGCGAUGAGACUUCCCUCUUGACCCAGUACAUGGCCUACAUCCCGAGCGAAUAUUUUGACACCCUCAAUGCGUACAUUCAAACCGCUUCAUCGCCUCUGUACAACCAGUCCGGCAUUGAGGGUCAGCUUGCCGCCCAGAUCAACACCGCUUUCCCCCUGGCUGCUGCAUCUGACACUGCACCAUCAUCUUCGUCAACCUCUGAUGGCUCAUCAUCGAGCAAGAAGAAGCGCAACAUCAUAAUCGGCGUUUGUGUUGGAGUAGGCGGCGCCCUUUGGAUAGCCUUAGUCUGGUGGGUAUACAAACGCACCAAACGAUCCAAUGACAAGGCUGUCCACAAGCGGCUGUCGGAGCACAUGUCAAUGUUCCCGGACCAUCGUUUCAUGUCUCAAGUUUACCAAGGUGGCGUCACUACGAACAAUGGAUGGGUCAACGACCGUCGUGUGUCGCGCGCGCCAUCCAUCGCUGCUAGUGAAAUUGAUGAUCGCCCUUCAUCCUUUUAUGCUUCUCCUUUUGAGAAUGAUCGUUCUAUGCGCGACCAGCGACGUGGAUACAAUGACGAUGCGAAUCGUGUAUCUCAUGGUUCCAAUUCUGGCUCAUCUACUGAGUCUCCCCUUAGUUACGGCGGCCACUCCGUUUUCGGCGGUAAUUGGUCUCAGAAUCCCAACUCGUACUCUCAGAAUCAUGAUGGUUAUCAAUCGCCCACGAGGUCGAGAAUGUCUCAAAACCCAUUCGAGGACAUGGUGACGAGAUCAUAUCUAGGUACGGCAGGAAUGAAGGCGGCAAUGCCCAAGAGAAGGAGCGCAUUGGGUAAGCCUGUAAAUAAGGCUCUUAUCUCUCAGCCAAAACUACAAGGCAAUUCAUUAGAGUUUAGGGAUUAUGGCUCUCACGCAUAAGACGUGAGACCCGACGAGCCUUUUAUCUUUCUUUCGUCGUUUGCAACUGAUGGGCGCUUGAAGUGCUUGACAGUGUGGAUGAUUUGAUUUAAUGACCCUUCCCCAGCCUUCUAUUACUACCGAUAAAUGGACAUACCCCUUUGAUUCUUUUAUCCUCCGAAGCUUUUUCUCUUCUGUUUUGCGUCCUUUGGCGUAUUCUUACUCGAUAGGAAACCGCCUACGAUGGCUACACAGCGUUUAAUCUUUUUUGACUUCCUUCGUAUACCAAGCUGGCUUCAAUGGCUCGGCAUUUCAGGCUAUUUUGUGUUUGUCUAGUUUGUUUAAUCUUCUUUCUAUCCACGAGCUUAUACUUUAUUACGAUCUCCAUUGGGUUGAUUGAUGCGACUUUUUUUGCUCAUGUGGCGAUAAUAAUAUUUCAGGUGUCAUUUCCAUUGUAAUGCUCAACGAU